GCCGGAAUGGCCGUCGCCGCCAGAACCUUUGACCCCGCAGACGCCACAGACCCCCAACGCGCCGGGUCAGAUGUCGUUCGACAGCGACACCAUCCAGAAGAUGCUGCGGUCGCUGCCGUCGUCCCCGAUCGAGAAGGACUACGCCAACGACCUCGACCUCGGCUUCCACGAAGAGUUCAACAUCUCCGACGACAGCCAGCAGCACCAGGGCCAGGACCGGGACGGUGGGAGCCGCCGGGGCAGCCGGCUGUCCAGAACGAAGAGCCUGAAUGUGCAUGACCGGAACACGAAGACCGGCAGCAACCCACGCCGACAGCAGAGCAUGGACACCCCCGGGGGCGCGGGACCCCAGCAGAGGAGCGACCCCUACAAGCCGAGGAUGUUCAACAAGAUCGCCCUGGAGAGAGAGCUGAAGAAGAGGAACAAGAACAUUGCGGCCAACUACCC